UCUAGGCAUCAGCUGUUCCAAAUAAGUAAAUCGGAGUUGCUUCAAUUGGCUUUGAUUUUUUAUUUUGGUGGGCAGCAACUCCUGCAUUGGAGUCGGCGGUUGCGUAACAAGGCGCUUCUCUCCUUGCAGUUCCAGAAUGGCGUUGGCGUUGCGCGUGGCCCGACUCGCCUCGGUCCCGGUCAACCGCUGGCCCCGGGAUCGCCGGCCACUGCUACACCUGUGCAGCAGCGAUAGCAGAAACUACGCCACAAAGCCCGAGGCGGCGACUCCGCCGGCGCAAAUCAAGCGAAAUGUGGCCGCCGAGAUAACCAGCGUGGGCAAGGUCAUCUACGAAACGGGCUGGGAUGCCAACAAGCCGCCCGAAAAGCCAAAGGUCCCGAGGUCCAGCAGCUCCGACGCCCCGCUGCCGCCGCAGGGAGCGCCGGAGGACGAGAAGCGCAAGGAGCUGGACACCGUGAAGUCCAAGCGCGAUCAAAUGCGGGACAAUAUGCAGGACUACAUAUUCACCCGCUACUUCAACUAUGUGAAGAACUAUGACAAAGUGCUGGAAAAGAACUUUCCGAAGGCCAUGCAGCUGUACCGGGUGUUCUUCGAUGGCGUCAGGGACUUCUUUGGCGACAUGAAGCGCUUCCUGAAGAUUGCCCGCAUAGCCAAUGAUUCGCCCCAGGGCAUCAGAGCGCUGAAUCGUCAGGAGCUGGAGCUGUACAUGCAGAUGCCGCGGGACAUGAUGAAGGUGGCCCCGGCUCUGAUUGGCUGCUCCCUGCCCAUGGUGGGCUAUGCAUUCUUUCCCCUGGUUUUCUAUUACCCCCGCUCCUUUCUCACUGCCCACUUCUGGACCGCGCAGCAGCGCUCCGAGUUCCAGAGCUACUACAUGAAGCGGCGACUGUGCAACAACAAGGACGUCUUUCGCUGCCUGCAGGCCAAGCUCAAAGCGACCGCCGCGCACCCCAAGCACUCGGCGUUCGCCGAUAUCCUGGGACAGCUGGGCAGCGGCACCCAUCCCACGCCAGAGAUGCUCAUCGAUGUCAAGGACAUAUUCGCCGAUGGACCCUACUCCCUGCUCGGAAUGUCACGGAAGCAUGUUAGAAACCUAGUCAACCUUCAUGGCCUGCCCAGCAGCAUCUUCAAGCGGCAUCGCCUACACGAGCACGCCUUUCUGGUCCACUACAUGGACCAGGCCAUAACCCGCGAGGGCGGCGUCCACAACCUGACCCCGGAGGCUCUGCGCUACUCCUGCUAUCUGCGCGGACUGAAUCCCGACAGCCUCGGCAGCGAGGCCAUGAUCGAGUGGCUGCGCAAGUGGGUCAAGGUGUCCACGUCGAUACAGGGCGAGCACAUCACGCUGUUCCUGCACCUGCCCAUCCUGCUGGGCUACAACCAUCCCAACAACUGGAAGACCAUCUACGGCAAGUGCCCCUCUUGAGCGGCGGCCUAGUGGUUCGCACCCUAUUUGGUAGACUGUGCUUUAAAGAUUGGACUGUUUUGAGAUCAUUUUGUUUCUUGAGAGCAAAUAAAACUGUUAAACCCAAAAUGAAAA